AUCCACUAAUCUACUCACUCAAGCUUGCUUUUUGACCCCAAGAUCUCUCAAUAUUUACAUCUAUGAAGAGGGUUGGAUCCCACAGUUGGAGAUUUGCACAACUAACUGCUAGAACAUGAAAUUGAAUUUUCUGGCAUUCCUCCUCCUCUGUAAUGCCAAGCAAGGCUGGAUGGAGGAUGUGACUGAAUCAGAGGAUGGACCGGAACCUAUAAUUCCACUCAUUCCAUUGAUGCCUAGUAAACCGAUAUCAGAUUUGAAGGGCACUCUUGACCCUCCCAUAACAGAAGCACUCACAGUUACUCCGAAUGGCCUGGCUGCAGAUCCCUCAGCCCCUGUUUCCACUCCAGACCAAAGAGAAGCCUCCUCUGAGGAAGAUCUUGAUGCGCUCUGUGAUGGUGAAAUGACCAGCCAACAGAUUAAGCAGGCUAUAGGCAACGGCAUUAUGAAGCUUGGCCUUUUGUUCUUAAAAAACUUGAAGCCUAGCCCAGAGCAGCCCAAUAUCAUAAUUUCCCCUCUCAGUUUGUCCAUAGCACUCUCACAGCUAACGUUGGGAGCGACAAAUGAGACAGAGGAGCUGCUUUUACACCACCUGCAUGCAGAGGCACUGCCCUGUUACCAUGCUGCCCUCAGCACCCUCCUGCGCAACUUCCACAAAAGGGGCCUUCCCAUCGCCAGCCGCAUCUAUUUGAAAUCUGGGUUUAAAGUGAAACAGGAGUUUAUGGAAGAAACUCAGAAACUGUAUGACUCAGAGCCAGCUACUUUGACCGAUCUGAAUGAGGUCAAUGAGUGGGUUAAGAAGGCCACUAAUGGGCAAAUCUCAGAGUUUUUGUCCAGCCUACCUGCCAACGUUGUUAUGAUGCUUAUCAAUGCUAUGCAUUACAAAGGAGAGUGGCUCACUCGCUUUGAUCCUCGCUUCACCUCUACUGAGCGCUUCCACAUAGACAAAAACCAAAUAGUCAAUGUGGACAUGAUGCUUGAGCCAAAAUACCCUCUAAGUGUUUUCACCCACAAUGAGCUUGAUGCCCAGGUUGCUCGAUUCCCCUUUAAAGGUGACAGGAGUCUUUUGGUGGUAAUGCAGACAUCAGGACAUGUGAAUGCGUCAGCCAUUGCGGCUAAGCUCAAUAUCUCAGAUCUUUACAUUCGACUACCACGAGAGAGAAGGAUGCAGGUCAAGCUCCCAAAAUUCAAACUUAACUUUAACCAGGACCUCCAAGAGGCAAUGAGUAGCAUGGGUCUAGGAGUGUUAUUCAGUCAUCCGAAUCUGGAUCGUAUCUCAGAGAACCCCUUGUUUGUAUCCAAUGUUCAACACAUGUCCAGUAUAGAGAUAAAUGAAGAGGGGGCAGAGGCAGCUGCAGCAACAAAUGUGGUCAUCUCACGUUCCAACCCUUCAUUUAUAGUCAAUCAGCCAUUUUUCUUUGCCCUAAUGGAUGAUUUAAGUCAGACGCCAUUCUUCCUGGGUGUAAUUUCUAACCCCAACCCUGGAGCAUCCACUGUGGUUACAAGGCCAGACAAUUCAGAUAAAAUGGGAUUUACUCAUGACAAGACUUUGCAAUUUCCUCCAAAGUAAAUUCUUUUUUACACCUUUAGCAGAAUGAGUCCAUAAGUGACCUUAGACUGAGCAGUUAGUCCCCACUGGGAGGCAAAUAAAGGACACAGUAAAAUACCUCAGGCUUCAAAUCAGUACAUUUGAAAUUAUUCACCACAUGCGAAUCAGUGUCAUGCUGCAUGUUCUGAUCCUGUUAAAAUGUCACAAUUUCUUUCUUUCUUUUUAAUUAAAGAGAUUUGACCAGAAAAUGUAAGUACCUCAGUGUAUUCAUUCAACUAAAUGUAUUUUUGUUGAGAAAUAGCACCAUCUUUCAGAUAGGGUAUAACAGGACUAAAGACCCCAGGGGUAAAAGGCACUUUUGAUUUGAUUUUUUUCCCAAAACACCAAACAGCAACAAAGAAUGCCACAAUAAUUUCCUUAACACCUGUUUGUCAAUUUACACUGCAAAAUAUUUGUGCAAUGUCAACAAUUUGAUUUUGAGGCAAUUUGAUAGACUACUCUUUUUUCUUUUUCUUUUUUUUUGUGUGCAAAUUUACAGUAUGUAGCUAAUGAGUAUCCCUGAAAUUAUUAUAUUUAAAAUAAUACAUAAUAAAUACAAAUUUGUCAUUUUCAGAUUUGUUAAAGGUAAUUAAAUCAAAAGUUUUUUAAUAACUGUCCAAUAAGUGAAAGGAUAGUAUUUGGGUAAAAUGUGCCAUUGUUGCAGGAGCCAAAGGUCCACAUAAACACAACUUAAUUGGGGCGAAUAGAUUUGUUAUAGAUUUUUAAAUGAGCUCACAUUGACUGAUCCAAUCACAAUGGAGAUUAAUUUGUUUAUAGAAUACUUGAAAUGUUAUGAAAUUCCAAAUGUAAUUGAAUUGAACAGAAAAUGGUUAACCCUUUUCUGAAGUGAUUAUUUUAAAUAAGCAUUAUCUUAAUUUGUUACUCAAAAAAGCAUUUAGCUGCCUCAAAAGUAUUCACAAAUAUUACCCUAUAACUAUUGUCCCUAUAUCUACACAAUAUCACUAUAAGCCCCCUGGGAACCUUUUACCCCAAGUGUGGGGUAAAAAACUCCCUAGUCACUCUUAAAAUAAAUACAAAAAUAAAUAAAUAAAAUAAUCUUUCGCUAUUAUUUCUUUUCACACGAAUUAUGUUGUUCCAUCUAUCAGUAUUUAAUAAAAAUAAUUAAAAAAAAAAUUUCAAUCUUGAGACACUUUGUGACCAGAAAAAAGCACAUGGUGUGCCUUUAGCCCUGUUGAACCCCUACCAUUUAAUAUAACAAUUUCAAGCACUGAUAACAGAGACUUCAUAUGUAGACAACAUCUUAUGUGGUUUUACAAAAAUAUGCCUAUACUUCUGGUUGUUCAUAAAAAAAUACCACACUGUUCAUAAUAAAUCUGUAAAAAAAAUAAAUAAAUAAAUAAAUAAAAAAGUGAUAAAUGUA